AUGGAGCCAGUCAACCGACUGCCUCGACCAGAGGACCCAGCAGCCCUGGAACGACUAGCGGAAGCUCAGCAGUUGCUGUGUGCCCGGGCAGUGAGUGAAGAGGACUGUCAGCAUGCAGUGGAGUUGCUGCUUGAGCUGGCGCGGCCAAUAGAGGAGGAGGGGUUCGGCUACAGCCCAGCCCUGCUGACCUUGGCCUCGCUGUAUGAGUCUGGCUAUGAGCCGGCCAUUCAGCAGGACUCAGGGCAGGCUGCAAGGCACUACAUGUCUCUUCUGGAGGCCCAGGUGCCGUCUCAGAGCCUCAGCAACGACUUGCUCGAGGAGGCGGCCACCAACCUGUGCAGCUUAGUGAAGGACAAGGAGUGUCAACUACAGGAAGCUGAAGUGAAACGCCUUGAAGCUCUUGCUGUGCAAUGCGAGGAGUGGAAUCUGCGCAGCCCUGGUGGCUGGUUGGCCUUCGCUGCCACUGAAGCACGGCGCAAGUGGACUGCAGCCAAUGAGGAUCCUGAGGUCCGCGAGCGACGCCUGCAGCGCGAAGCGCAAAAGGCUGAGCAGCGGCGGCGCCUCGUGGAGGAACAGCAGCUGAGGGCUCAGCAGGCCCUGGUGGAGGCGGAAAACCUGAGGCUCCAGGGCAACGACAUGUGCCGACAAGGGCAGUUGCCUGGGAAUGCCGCAGCACAGCAGCACUUGCUGCAGGCUGUGGGGCUUUAUGCCCAAGCAGUGGAGGUGCUGUCCAGGUGUUUGGAUCAGUCGCUGCCCCUGGAAAAGGCCGUGGAGCUCCGGCGGCAGCGUGCCCUACUGCGCUCCAACUCGGCGCAGGUGGAGUUGUCAACUCAGCGCUGGGCGCAAGCAGCAGAGCUCGCUGAGAAGUCAUUGGAGGACGAGCCGAGCUCCGUAAAGACCCGCUAUCGCCUGGCGAAAGCACAGAUGGGCCAAAGCAACUGGGAAGCGGCUGCCAAGACAGUUGACCAAGCUCUGCUUUCCUUGAAAGGUCAACCCGGCGACCGUGAAACUUUCACGGUGGAGCUCUGGAAGUUGGCCGAGGACAUCGCGCAGAAACUGCCGCAGUGGCGUUGGUCAGCCUCCAAACCGGAGCUCCGAAAAGCGGCGCCGGAUGACUUUGAGAAGCGGAUCGUUGGAUGGUGGGAAUAUCCUGGCAGCACCUUUGAAAUCCGCCUGGAGCCAUGGGGUGCUUUGGUCUUCCAGGAAGACACCGUGAAAAUCGAGCUGAUGAAGAAGGGCAAGCUCCGCUGGAGGGGUGAAGUGGAACUCAUCUCUGGAAUGGUCCUGAAUUUAUCCUUCGAACCUGGCAGUGAUGUCUUGGUUUUAGAAUUCAUCCCACCAUCAGAGCUUCCUGCGGAGGAUCAAUGGAGCGGUCCCAAACGAUUCACGGCCAAGCGAAGAGAAGGCAUGAAGCAAGAAGCGAUUCCGGCGGAAGUGCAGGAGGUUCCCGAGCCCAUCGCUCAGCCCAUCACUGAACCUGCACCGGAACCUGCACCUACAGCUGAGGUGCAAGGCGAAGAGGCUGAAAACAGCUCGGCAGUCUUGGAGGCACCAAAGGAGGUUCACAUUGCUGGUUAUCCUGCAGUGGCUGGCUGCUACCGGUUGCAGCCAGAGUUGAAGAAUGGACGCCCCGUCUACCGUCGUGAGCCUCACUCCGAAGAUGCUGAUGCUGACCAGUUCUUGUGGUUCAGAGGUGGCAAUUGGGGUGUGACCAGCUCCCUGAACGCCUCAUCACUGGCGGCUCCCUUCGCAGUGCGAUGUGCUGAUGCGAACGCCCUGCAUCCAUUGCAGCUCCGGCGGCGGUCGAAGUGGUAUAUGCGAACGGGCAGAAACAAAGAGGAUUCAGCACCAGAUUUGUUGGUUGCUGCGGACCUUGAACAGAGCACCUCUGCCAGCUGA